ACAGAAAACAUUUAUCGUGGCAGAAAGCGAAGAGUGCGAUGGAAAGGGACUGUCCGGCGAAAGCUUAUCGUGCGGCGGAACCCCUAAAGCGAGGUAUUUAAGUCGGUGAAAAAGCGCAACACCUUCAUCUCCUUGUAAAGAAAGUACCGUUGUGUCAACCAUCGUUUGGCUCGCGGGCACGCUUUGUACAGCGAGCAACUUGGACAGCUGCGUGUUCUCGAGCGAGCCAUCAACAAAAAAAUGAAAGCGUUCAAACGAGCUCUGGAAGAGGAGCACUCCUCGGCCGUGUCGGACAGCGAUGACGGCUCCCCACUCGACCUGUCAGGAGGGCGGCUCCUCGGGAAGCGCCGUCGCCGCGGCAACCUGCCCAAGGAGGCAGUGCAGAUUCUGCGGAGCUGGCUGUACGAGCAUCGCUUCAACGCCUACCCGUCAGAGCAGGAGAAACUCAGCCUGUCAGGCCAGACCAACCUCUCUGUGCUGCAGAUAUGUAACUGGUUCAUCAAUGCACGUCGCCGCCUCCUCCCCGACCUGCUUCGCAAAGAUGGCAAAGAUCCCACCAAGUUCACCAUCUCCCGCAAGGUUGGUGGUAAGAAUGAAGGUCACUCGUCGAACGGAGGUGGAGCCAGCUCUCCAGAAAGCAACUCAUCCCAGCAGCGUCCGUCUGUCAUCCGCUCUGUCCCCACACUGGACCUCAGUCUUCUUGGGAACACAGCGACAGCUAUUCUGACAGGAGCAGGCUACCCUGGUAAAGAGGGGUCGGUGCAGGCGCUGAUGAAGCUGGAUACGCAGAGUCUGCUGAGGGAAGCGGAGGAACAGGGUGCUUGUCUCACCAGCACAACAAUGGCAGCUAGCCCCACCAGUGGCCUCUUCAACACGCCUCCCCCAACUCCUCCCGAGCUGUUCCCCACCCAGGACUUUAGCGACUUGAGGCUCCUGGUAGAUGCGGCUUUACAGAGGGCAGCAGAGCAGGAGAACCUAAAGAGACUCCAGGAGAGCCAGGAUAGACCUAAAGAGACUGUAAAGUCUGAACUAGUGGAGGCACAGCUCAGUACUUACAGCAGUGAUAUGGGACCCACACCACCUCCAGAGGAAAGCCAACAAGUCCUGGAUCCUUCCAGGGUGCAGAGUCUGAUGGAGAAGGCUAUGGCUGUUCCAGUGUCAGCUGUAACUUCAACAAAGGCUCCAGUGCCUCUGUCCAUAGCAGCCUCUGUACCAGCCCCAGCUCCAGUCUUGGUCUCAGCCCCAAGGCUGUCUCCUCUCCCGAUUAAUAAAGUCAUCUGGAGCCCCUUGGAGAAGGACAGUGCCAGAAGUUCCAGUCCAAACCAGCCUCAGCUCAUCCCAGCUCAUCUGUCAACCUUAGUGCCAGUGUCUGCCUCAGUGUUAGGACAGCCAAAUUCUCAGAAACCAGCUGCUGCUCCAGCCUCAGUUUCAUCAGCUCCAGCCUCAGGCUCAGUCCCAGCUCCGCUGCCCACGACAUGUCCGGCGAGCGCAUCAGUGUCAGUGCCACCGCCAGUCCUUCUCCCAGCCACAAGUUCCACCUCCGUCACAGCUCCAAGCCAGGCUUCAUCCCACAGUGUCGCGCCUGUUUCACCUGCUCCUUCUCCAGCAGUCACGUCUUUUACAACCCCCAGAGGAGUCCCACUUUACCUGCCAUUCCACAAAUCCCCCUUAAUCCCAGUCACAGUUCCAUGUCCAUCACCUGUCUCAUCCGGGGCGUCGUCUCCAGCACCUGCUCACACCCCAGUCUUUGCAUCUGCCCAAGCUCCAACUCCUCUCCCUGCUUCAGCCCCAUCAUCCUCCCCCACGCCAACGGUUACACCUCCUCUGGACCUGGCUUCAGACCCCUCUCCUCCUCUGCAGCCCUUGUCCAUGAGCAACACCAGCACCAGCACCAGCAGUAGCAGUAGCAGUGGCAGUAUUAGUAGUCGGGCACAGAGGAGUCCAGCAGUGGUGCCCAGCGUUUGGAGCAUGGUCCAUGCUGAUACCAGGCAGCCCAGCUCUCUUCAGGUGGUGAAGACCCCCAUCACCACAGUGUGGGGCCCACAGCACAGCCUGCACACAGUGAGUGAAACUGUUAACUAGGAGCUGAAAGCACCUUUUUUAAUAUAUAUAUCUGUGGAGAAGAGGGGCCAAACAUUCCCUUUGGCUGGACAACACUGUAUAUAGGAGAAUGUAUCUUCAUCACCAGUCCCUUUUUGUCAUUAUGGCCUUUGCCUGCAGAAUACAGGGAAUGAAAUGAGAUGUGUGACCUGGGCGAAGUCGCUGACAUGAGGCGUUAUAGAGACUUGCUGUUUCAAGAAACUUUUUAUUGUUUAAAAUAUGCCGUUCUUUGAUGGAGGCACCUGCUGGUAAGAACCCUUUUGGUGCCAUUUCUCUUUAAGAACAUUCCUCAGCGCAGAGUCGAUUUAUUGUAGAAAGUUUUGAUGACUUUUUCAAAUCACAUGACCAGAUAUGACCGAGGAGGAGGAUAUCCCUUAAUUGUACAAAAUGUCAGUUGGUGUAAUUAUCAGCACCAGCGGUUAGUCUCUUCAGUAGCAGUACUGGACUGUAUUGAAUGUACAAAAGACAUUGAUAUCAUUGGCUAGACUGCCUAUUAUCUUUUCUCCUCCCAGGAUAUAAAUGAGACAUUUUUUCUAUGUACAGCAUCAGUGUCAUAGUUCUCUAUAGUUGUGCAAUUCAGAUGAUUUUUUUCAAAAUGUAGUCUGUUGUUUACUCCACUACAUUUCCCUCUUUUUUCCUUGGAGAUGAGCUGAAGGGAAAUUGAUUGUACUGCAGCAAGCCUGACUGAAUGACUCGCCUCAAUGUGUCUGUCCCCAUCCACACCCCCCCAUCUCCCCAUCUUCCUGUCUUUUUAUAGCUAUGGGGAUUCAGCGGCCCUCAUGAAUUGUCAUCUCAGCCACUCAACACAUGCUCUCAAGUACCAUUUGUCUGUUUGCUGGCCAUUUCCAAUCUAUAAAGGCGAGCCAUGCUUUGAAGCAGCUAUGUGUGUUACUUUGUGCGACCUUGAUCGGUUGUGUAGAAUUGUCAGGGAUCGCUGUUGAGGGGGAGGUCUGUGGAUAUGAGAUGAAGGGGAGAAGGUCACAUUGGGUCUGUUACAGAAAUCAAUUUCAGUGGAGAGGUGAGCAGCUUGCCUCCUCGAUCAAGCUCUCACAGCUCCUGAACUGAAACGUUACACUUGCUGUGAGGCAUGGCGCCUUAAUCUUUUGUGGUGCAAAACGCUUUAAAUGUUGGAUCCUCUUAUUUUGGGAGGCAUGGGGGGGUGUAUAUAUGUUAUCCAGAUUUCCCUGUUGAUUUGGGGGCCUUAGGAUUUGGUCAGUGUUUUUCAAAGCUGAAUGUCUUACUAGUGGAAAGAUGAAUUGAUGCGUAGUGUUUCGGCAAAGCAAAUGUAGCACAUACUGAAAUAGCUGAAAUUUUAGGGAGAUGGGGUUUUUUUUUCACUUUUUCUUCAUCAGUACUUUCCUGCUGUGUUUAGACAUGGUUUGUAUAGAAUUUCUAAUCAUUCAUAAAGCUGUAGUUUCCAUGAAACUGUCUUAUCAUAAACCACAACAUAUGGCUGAAUGCCACCUGGACAUCCAUGAAUAGUAGCAUCAUGUGGAAAAGUUCCUGUGUGGAAAAACUCGUAGCAAGACUCAUCAGUGCUGUCAUGUUUACCAGCGUCACUGGCCGUGCUUCGUUCAAACGGUUACGUUUUGCGUGCAAGGACCAGACAGUAGGAGAAAGUGAUGUUUGGUUGGCGUACUGCUGAGCACUGACCCCCACCCUCAGAACAACUUCUCUUUUUCCCGGCAGAUAUGAACUCUCUUCUUGCAUUUCCACUUCCUGUUUGUUUGUCCCUCCACACUGCCAGUUCUGCUCUGUAGAUGUCAGUGGAGGACUUGUUUUUUUCUGUUACAGGUACUCACUAGACUGAUGUGCAUUUAUACCUCAAUUUACACAGAUCAUGUCAGGCUUGGGUCAUGUGUAGAAUACUAAGUAUUAAAGUAAUAUUUUUAUUGUUCAUACUACACCAUGCCACUGUGACAACACCUUAUCUGUUAUGAUACUGGAAAUGGCUGGCUUACGAUUAGGCAGGCAGGUUUUUUGUUUUUUUUCUAUAGCAAGGUUUAUAUGUGAUUUUAGUUGCUAAAUGGCGCUCCAAUCAGAUGGGACAAUGUGAUGAUGCAUGUAAAUAUUUUCAAGGUCAUAUUUUCAUUUUCUUUGUAUUGGCAUGAACUUUAUCUCAAACUGUGUUGUUUCUUCACAGCCAAACACAUUCAAAAUGUUUUUCACGUUCAUGUUGUGAAUCAUGACUGACCGUUGGCAGUAUGACUGGCUGCUGUGCCUUAAACCUACGACUGAGGGAUACUCUCCCUUUUUUUAUAUAAAAACUUCUCAAUAGUCUGUGCAAUAUAUGCCUUAAACUUUAAAUGUGUGUUUUGUAUAAGCAUUUUAAAGAAAUAAAACUUCA